AUGGAUAUCCACCGUUGUCGAUUCGUUUCCUACAAUCCCCAGGCGAUCAACUCGCUUGCUUUUUCCCACCCACCAUCCGCCGAUCUCGCCGGACGAGGCGUACCGACCCUUCGACUCGCUAUCGGCCGUGCGAACGGCGACAUUGAGAUCUGGAAUCCGUUGCGCGGCGCAUGGUUCCAGGAGUCUGUGCUUCGUGGAGGAAAGGACCGCAGCAUUGAGGGACUGACCUGGACUCUGGAUCCCCAAGAGGAAGGACCUGAUGGUGCCAAGUUGCCUGGCCAACUGCGCCUGUUCAGCAUUGGGUACUCUACGGCCGUGACUGAGUGGGAUUUGGAGCAGGGACGUCCGCUGCGUCACUCGAGCGGAAACUAUGGAGAAAUCUGGUGUCUUGCUGCCCAGCCCCGCUGGCAGCCUACAAAGAGAGGCAAGGACGGAAAAUUCCUGCCUCCCGCUGAGGGAGAGUUCACAGGGCAGCACCUGGCUGCUGGAUGUGCAGAUGGCUCGAUUGUGAUCUUGUCUACCGCGGACAAUGAUUUGAAGUUCCUUCGCUUGAUGCGCCCUUCCACCAAGAGAGCCCGUGUGCUCAGCGUUACCUUCCAGAACCGUCACACCAUUGUUGCGGGCUACGCCGACAGCUCUAUUCGUUUGUUCGAUAUUCGCAGCGGUCAGCAGUUGAGGACGAUUUCGCUUGGAAAGGGCCCUACGGGUGGUUCCAAGGAACUCUUGGUUUGGUCGGUCAAGUGUCUUCCGGAUGGUACAAUUGUCUCCGGUGAUUCUGCUGGUGAAAUUCGUUUCUGGGAUGCCAAGAACUACUCUCUUAUUCAACGGAUCCAGAGUCAUUUGGCAGAUGUGCUUGAUGUGGCUUGCAGCUCAAAUGGCGAUACAGUUAUUAGCGGUGGUGCCGAUCAGAGAACAGUCGUUUACCGCAAGCAGGAUGGUGAUAAGGGCGACAAGAAGUCUCGUUGGGCUGAGCUUAUGCACCGACGAUACCACUCGCAUGAUGUCAAGACUUUCGCGGUUUACGAGACAAAAGACAUCAGCAUUGCCGUGUCUGGCGGCCCUGAUGCAACUCCCGUUGUCUUGCCACUGCGCGAAUUCGGAAAGGAACACCACCGAAAAUUGUCCAACCUUCCUCAGAUCCCUCAACUUACCUCCUCGCCCGCUUCUCGUUUGGUCAUGAGCUUCUGGGAUAGAGAAGUCAGCUUAUGGCGUGUAUCCCGGGGCCCGGCCUCUGUACACGAGACCCUCGAUGGUCAAAGGCACAAACUGGUAGGAAAGGUUAUGAUCCAGGGCGAAGAAAACAUUACCUCUGCCGGAUUAUCUUCAGACGGAAAGUUGCUCGCUAUUGCUACAGUCUCUGAUGUGAAAUUGUUUACCGUUCGUCGUCGCAAGGGUGACGAGAAGGGGGCAUUGCGGAUACAGAAGAUCGAUACCCCCCAGUCCCUCUCCUCCACAGGCGCACGCCUUGUCGCUAUUUCCGCCGAUAGCAAGUGGCUCUCGGUGAUCCGUCCUAAUAGCGAUGUUUAUGUGGCACGAAUUCAGCCAGCCUCCUCGGCCACAGAGAAGCCUCAGGUACUACCGCAACUUGCGCAUCUCAAGCGUGCCACACGUCAUGUACGACACGAGAAGGUUUCCCAUGGUACCCUGGGUGAUUAUGAGAGAGCUAUUCGGACUGUUGUCUUCUCCGAAGAUAGCAAGAUUUUGGCUACGGGUGAUCUAUCUGGCUGUGUGGAUACUUGGGCGCUCAGUGCUGCGACCGAACCUAUUACAAAUGGCAAGUCUAAGAGUAACGGAGCCUCCGACUCUGACGACGAGUCCUCCGAUGACGAAGAUGAAGAUAUUGUGAUUGAGGGAGAGCGCUGGAGCACGGCUGCUUCCGAGUCUCCCAUCCCCCGGAUGAAGUCAGGAAUCACCCUUCUGUCCUUCCGCCCACAAAGCGCCGAGACAAAGGCGCUGACCAACGGUGCCAACCACACAUCCGCCGAGGACAGACUGAUGGUACUUACCAGCGAGCAUCAACUCAUCGAAUUCGAGGCUCUUAGUGGCAAGCUUUCGGAUUGGUCACGACGCAACCCCAAGGCUUACCUUCCAGCCGAGUUCCGGGGUGUGAAAGACCGUGCCAUGGGCUGCAUGUGGGAUGUCUAUGAGGGCCGUGAACGGCUCUGGCUGUACGGAACCUCUUGGUUGUGGAUGUUUGACCUGCAGCAAGAUUUCCCAUCCUCCGAGGAAGUCGAGGCCGAGAACAAGUCCUCUGGCCAGCUAGUCCAGGCUUCGAAGCGCAAGCGCGAUCCCCUCGAGGAUGUUGAAAAUGACCGCAAGAAGGCCAACACUGGUGCUGGUGAUCGGAUUCCCCGUUCACAGAUGGAUCUUCACCUUGGCACCAAGGUUCGCAAGAUUGUUGGCAGCGACCAGUCCCAGGGCGAGUGGGUCUCACUCGACUCGGAACAGCCGCGCACUCUAGGAGAUGAUGAUGAGGCAUACGAAUACGAUGAGACCUUCGCGGCUGGUAGUGAAGGUGCACUGGCCCGUCUCCGACGUGGUGACGCAGUCGUUCAGCCCGAUACCCCACAAAAGGGAGCCAAGGGUAAGCCAACCGUCAAUGGGCUCGGCGACACUCCGAAAAAGCAAUUGGUGGUCGCCAAUGACCAGGUUGCGCGGCGUUGGUGGCACACUUACAAGUACCGUGACAUCUUUGGUAUUGUGCCCCUCAACACCACAUCAGGUGACGAGGCGGGCGGCCUAGAAGUGGCGGUGAUUGAGCGGCCUCUGUGGGAUGUUGAGUUGCCUGGUCGCUAUGUGAAGGAUUACGAGUGA